AUGGCCGAUAUUAUGGAAGAAGACCCAUCGUCUGGGCUUCAAUCGUCGGAGGAAGAACAUAUGCCCGUGGAGUCAUUGGUCAAAGGGCGCGCGAAACGAAGUACCGCGGGACUGCACAUGUCCGCCCUUCUUGAGGCCGCUGCAGAUGAUGACUUGGCGCUUCUCUUUGAAGAAGUCGAAGACGAUAAUGAGUUUGCGGAUGUGGUGGACCCCGACGCAGAGGAUGAGUUGCUUGAAUCGUCGGACGAGGAUGAAGACCAAGGGCCGAACGCGCAGAACGACUACGAGGGCGAACAGAAACUACAAAAAGACGAGCGCAAGAAGCGCAGAGCCCAGAAUGACCUCCGGUUCCAGACCUUGCGCAAACGAGUCAAGAUUGAUCCGACCGCCCCAUCCGCCAUGUCCGCCACUCCUCGACCGAAGAAAAGUCGGAGCGCAUCUCGUGGAUUCCAACUACGGAGGAUGGGCCUACUCGGCAAUCAUCUCGUCGACAGACCAUGUCAGGAGAAACGAGUCCGCAUCAUCGCUACAAUGAAGGAGGCAGAGAAGCGGAAGGCCCAUUUGAAACCGAAAGAGAUGACCCAGGAAGAUCAUCUUGCGGAGGCUGCAAGAGUGGAACGGCUGAAUAGCAAAAGUUUGAACCGCUGGGAGCUAUCCGAAAAAAGAAAGGCGGAUGAAAGACGAGCGAGGAUCGAAGCACUACAAAAUCGCCGUCUUGAUGGUCCGGUGAUUUCCUACUGGAGUGGUGUGGCUACAUGGACGAACGGGCGUCUCACAAGAGUGGGCAAGAUCGACAUCAAACCAAAGACAGAUAAGGAGGAAUCGAGGAAGAAAAAGAAAGAGAAGGAAGAUAAGGAGAAGCCUGCGGCAGAGGCAAAGGCCUUGGGGUCUGCAACCAUUGUUGGACCCGCCUCUGUCUCUACCACAGGCACAUCACAACCGCCACCAGACUUCCAUGCAGUUUCUGCUCCCACGGAUCCAACAAAUCCCGCUCUGCCUCCUCCCACCUCCACAUUAGACCAAAAGACGCCCGAACACAAGCCACCCGAAAUUGCCGCAGCUCCGACUGCAGAGAAUACAGACACCCCCGUGGUGUCUUCCGGAGCGAUCGUCAGCCAACCAGAUGUAAACUCUUCAGAGACGAAGACAAUCACGACACCUCCUGCCGAGCGGAGCAAGGACAAUGCUUCGGAAAGCAAAGCUCCAGAGGUUGACGGAAAUACACCAGUACCACCCUCUGAGCAAGAUCAAUCUAUUGCCACCGAAAGGCAGUCCUCGGAGUCAUCUAAACAAUUGGACAGAAAGAUGUUUGCUGUGGAAAUUCCAGCGUCUCGGCAUGGAUCACAUUCUGCGGGCAAUGACACUACUCCAAAAUUGCCUGAACCGUCCCCCGCCAAGAACUACGAUGAUAUGGAUAUUGAUCAACCUCCAGCGGCUGCAGCGGCUGCAGAUUCUAUCAAGAUUGAUCAAAAGAUUCCCGAAUCAGCAGGCCAGGCAAGCUUGGCAACUCCACAGGUUGCUGAUGCCCAACCGACUUCGAUAGUGACACCUACAUCACAUGCAGCUGGGACGGUUGUACGAGAACCACCAGUGGACGAGUCUCGGCCAGUUGAAUCCGCCACUGCUAUCAGCCCUGAGAUCGCAUUGGCCCCUAAAGCCUCGCCGGCCACUGCAGCACCUGGUCAAGCCACGGUACUCGAAAACGCCCCAGCCCAGAGUCUAAACCAGUCCGAAACACAAUUAUCAAAUGGAAUGGCGAAGGAACCCGCACAGCCAGGACAACCAGAGAUUCCAGAACCCCCUCCAGUGAUCGAGCAUACGGGGCGCUGUCUUACGAUCUUGGAAAACUUUGAUUAUGCGACCGCCAACCAUCGCAAAUACAGCAUGUACUUCAACGCCAAGAAACCUGCUCGUUUGACCAAAAUAUCGUCAUCGCUUUGUGUCAUCACCUCGUUGCCUUCGCGUUACCGCGAUCCAGACACCGCUCUUCCUUAUGCCAAUUCAUACGCAUAUGGCCAAAUCCGCCGUCUGCUGUCGGAAGGGUAUAUCUGGAGCUCGAUGCUGGGAUGCUUUGUCGGUCCGGCCGAGGCUGCCCGCGGAGUGCCCGAGCGUUUUACAGGCAAGCCAGGUCCCGGUACAGUAAAACUGCAGACCGAUAAGGCUGAGGGUCAGGCCGAGUCUAUUACCAGGAAGAGCAUAGACAGAAUGGCUCUCAGCAGCGAGGUUCCCUCGACGCCUACCCCGGCUGCGACUCGAGCAGCGCCUCCAGAGCCAAUGGAGAUUGAUAAAGCAUGA